GGGAGUUCACCGACUUGAGAGUCCGAGUGCGUCGUCUUACCUUUCUCGGUUAGGACACCGCCGCGGCUAUAAAAUGGCCGAAAACGACUCUCUCUUUCUCUCCCUCUUCUUCCCUCACUCUCUUUCAAACCCUAAUCCCCAAACUUCCCCAGCACAGCAAACCCUCCCCCAAGAUGCUGGAGCUCAGACUCGUUCAGGGCAGCCUGUUGAAGAAGGUCCUGGAGUCGAUCAAGGACCUGGUCAACGACGCCAACUUCGACUGCUCCGCCACCGGCUUCUCCCUCCAGGCCACGGACUCGAGCCACGUCGCUCUGGUCGCGCUCCUUCUCAGAUCCGAGGGGUUCGAGCACUACCGGUGCGACCGGAACAUAUCGAUGGGCAUGAAUCUUAACAUUAUGGCCAAGAUACUCAAGUGCGCCGGUAAUGAUGAUAUUUUCACGCUUAAGGCGGACGACGGGAGCGAUACCGUCACCUUCAUGUUCGAAAGUCCAACUCAAGAUAAGAUUGCCGAUUUUGAGAUGAAGUUGAUGGACAUCAAUAGUGAGCAUGUUGGAAUUCCGGAAGUCGACUACCAUGCUAUCGUCCGGAUGCCCUCAUCAGAAUUUGCCAGGAUUUGUAAAGAUCUUAGUAGUAUGGGUGACACUGGUAUUGUGAUAUCUGUGACAAACGAAGGUGUCAGGUUCUCUACAAGAGGUGAUAUUGUGACUGCAAAUCUUUGUCGCCCGAAUACCAUGGUAGACAAGCCUGAAGAAGCUACAAUCAUAGAGAUGAAUGAGCCAGUAUCACUUAAAUUUGCUCUAAGAUACAUGAACUCCUUCACAAAGGCAACCCCAUUGUCAAGUACAGUCACAUUAAGCUUAUUUUCCGGGCUACCAGUUGUGGUUGAGUACAAGAUUGCAGAAAUGGGUUAUAUCAGGUUCUACUUGGCUCCUAAGAUUGAAGAGGUUGAUGACUAGGCAAAGCCUUAAGGUUAAACUUUCCAAAUUUUGGACUUCAAGCUACAGCUUCCCGUGUCUUGCCAAUCAUCCUGUGUUGGUUGUUCGGCUAAAUAAGCCACUUGGCUUAUUUUUUUGUCCCUAUUCAAAUUUUUUUCACAUUUGUUAGUUUUUUGUCAAUUUUUUGGAGAUUAUUGCUUAUUCAUGAUAAGAGGAAUCUAAAAGGUAAAAAAUUACGAUCAAAAUUCAAUUUUUUUAAAAUAAAGACGAAAAAAUUGGCUUAUUUUUGUCUUUAUUCAAAAAAAUUAGGUUUUGAUUGUAAUUUUUUACUUUUUAGAUUCCUCCUGCCAUGAUGAAGCAAUAAACCUCAAAAAAUUGACGAAAAACUAACAAAUACGAAAAAAAAUUGAAUAAGGACAAAAAAAUAAGCCAUUUGGCUUAUUUAGUCGAACAACCCAACAUUUCACAUAUUUGUCGUGAAAAUUUCGCCAUUGGAGGCAAGUAGUUGAUGGUUGAGAUCGUUCUGAAAAAUGUUGCUCUUUUUCAUAAUCUCCCCCUUUUUAGUGUGGUUUUUAGUAGACAGUGUGGUUAAUAUUAGUUGAUGUAUCAUGUUAUUUUAGCCGAAAGCUUAUUCUUUUUAUCA